AUGAAGACCGCCAUCAUUUUUGUCCUCGCCAUUUUGGCCAUCGCCAAUUUCGCAUCAGCCGCCGAAAAAACCGUCGAUAAACUUCAAAUUGGCAUCAAGAAACGUGCCGAGAAUUGCGAACAAAAAUCGAGAAAAGGAGAUCAAUUGCACAUGCAUUAUACUGGAACACUUCUCGAUGGAACAGAAUUCGAUUCAAGCAGAACUAGAAAUCAAGAAUUCACCUUCACUUUGGGACAAGGAAUGGUUAGUGAUUUUUUUGAGCAUUAUUUAAUGAAAAAUUCGAAUUUUUAGGUCAUCAAGGGAUGGGAUCAAGGUCUUUUGAAUAUGUGUGUUGGUGAACGUCGUAUUCUCACAAUUCCACCACAUCUUGGUUACGGAGAACGUGGAGCUGGAGAGAAAAUCCCACCAAACUCUGUGCUCAAAUUCGACGUCGAACUCAUGAAAAUCGACAGAUCUGAUGAAUUGUAA